AGUACUAAAUAAUAAGUUCCGUUUAGUUUCGCUCUCAACUCUCACGAGUCACAACCCAACCCAAUCCAUCUUUUUAUAUCCACACCACCAAAUCCAAAUUCCAAUGCUUCUUCUUCCUUCUUCUUAUUUCAAUUUCAAUCACUACUACUUCACGCUUUUGUUUCUCCAUUUUUAAACCCUAAAUCUAUCUAUCUAAUAGAGAUAAGAUAGGGCAAAAACAAAACCCUAGCCAAAGAAAAACCUUGUUGAGCAGCAACAGCAGCAGCAGCAGAGAGAGAGGAAUAUGGAAGGAGUACCGCACCCAAUACCCAGAACAGUCGAAGAGGUUUUCACCGAUUUUAAGGGCAGACGCGCCGGUUUGAUCAAGGCUCUCACUACCGAUGUUGAAAAGUUUUACCAGCAGUGCGAUCCUGAGAAGGAGAAUUUGUGUCUAUAUGGGUUUCCAAAUGAAACAUGGGAAGUGAAUUUGCCUGUUGAGGAAGUGCCUCCUGAACUUCCUGAGCCAGCAUUAGGUAUAAACUUUGCCAGGGACGGCAUGCAAGAGAAGGACUGGCUAUCACUGGUUGCAGUUCACAGUGACUCAUGGCUGCUUGCUGUUGCUUUCUAUUUUGGUGCCCGCUUUGGAUUUGGUAAGAAUGAAAGGAAAAGGCUUUUUCAGAUGAUAAAUGAUCUGCCAACAAUCUUCGAACUUGUGACUGGAAGUGCUAGGCAAUCAAAGGAUCAACCAGCUGCCCACAACAAUGGUAGCAAAUGCAAAUCAAGUGGAAAGUCCCGUCAGUCUGAGUCUCAGGCCAAGGGGAUGAAGAUGUCUGCACCACCCAAAGAAGAGGAUGAGAGUGGAGAAGAAGAAGAAGAAGAUGAUGAACAAGGUGCGACAUGUGGUGCUUGCGGUGAUAAUUAUGGCACUGAUGAAUUCUGGAUCUGUUGUGAUAUGUGUGAAAGAUGGUUCCAUGGUAAAUGUGUUAAAAUUACUCCUGCUAAGGCUGAGCACAUCAAGCAAUACAAGUGCCCUAGCUGCAGUAACAAGAGGGUUAGAGUUUGAAAGCUCUAAACCUUUGAACCAAUCACCAAUUAAACAGACAAGAUUUAGAAUGUUUGAUAACAUUUUUACAAGUGAAAAUUGCUUCCUGUUCAAGUCAAUGAUGCACUUUAAUGACUAUGCAGAUGGAAUUUCAAGUUUUGCUACUGUUCAUUACUACUGUCUAAUCUUCUUGGGAAUUGUGUUAAGUAGUCAUUGGCAACAAGGAUAUUAUAUAAAUAUAUUCUGCAGUUUCUUGUUUUGAUUUUAAUAAAUAUUUCAUUUAUUUCUA